GCAGUCCCAGUCGGGGGCUUCGCCUCCUGCCGUGGAUAAGGCUUGCUGGGGCCUCAGAGGCGCUCUCUUGCCCUGAAGGGGAGCCUGGAGCUGCCGGCCUUUGAAGAGCAGCGCAGGCCCCCGAUGAGCCCCCGCGCUUCAAGGCGCCCCGCCGCUCCUCUUGCCCUCCUUCGGGCGCGACGCCUCAGAGCAGCCGGCGGCUUCUCAGGCGGGCUCCCAGGGCUCAGCGGCCGGCGGCCUCCAGGCGCUGUCGGCUCCGACUCCCGUGGCCUCAGCCAGCGUGACCAACGGCCGGGGACAGACCCCCUAUGCCUGACCACGCAGAUGUCAGCCUGCCCCCAGAGGACCGGAUCAGGGGUCUUACCCAAAUGGGAAGUUGUGUGGAGGUGAAUGAAGAUGUUCCUCCUCGGAGGUACUACCGUUCUGGAGUUGAAAUCAUCCGGAUGGCAACAAUCUACUCUGAGGAAGGCAACAUUGAACGUGCUUUUAUAUUGUAUAACAAAUACAUCACGCUCUUCAUAGAGAAACUUCCAAAGCAUCGCGAUUACAAAACUGCUAUCAUUCCAGAGAAGAGAGAGACAGUAAAAAAACUAAAAGAAGUUGCGUUUCCUAGAGCUGAGGAGCUGAAAAAAGAGCUUUUACAAAAAUACAGCAAAGAAUAUACAGAGUACAAUGUACAAAAAAAGAAGCAGGAGGAAGAGUUUGCUCGCAACUUGGCUCUGCAGCAGCAGCUGGAGGAAGAGAGGCAAAGGGUGGCCCGGAUGAAGCAACAGCAGGCCGAGCAGGAGCAAUUCAACGCCUUUGAAGAGAUGAUUCGGCACCAAGAGCUGGAGAAGGAGCGCCUCAAAAUUGUGCAGCAGUUUGGGCAGCCAAUCCCUGACUCCUUGGAGGGCCCCUUGAUACCUGGCAUGGUCAGGCCCCCCACGGACUCUCUGAGCCCCAGCGGAGGAGUUGUGCUGCCGAAGCCUCCUGCUGUGGACAGAUCUCUGAAACCUGGAGCUUUGGGGAGCCCAGAAAAUAAUGCUACUAUAGAAGGCCUUCGCCAUGUUAUCGUCCCCAGAGAGCUCUGUCAUAAAUUUCUCCAGCUGGCAGACGCAAACACUGCAAGGGGUGUAGAGACCUGUGGGAUCCUUUGUGGGAAGCUGAUGAAGAAUGAAUUCACCAUCACCCAUGUCAUUAUCCCCAAGCAGUAUGGGGGGCCUGACUAUUGCAACACUGAGAACGAAGAGGAACUCUUCCUGAUCCAGGAUCAGUACAGCCUUAUCACUCUGGGAUGGAUCCAUACGCAUCCUACCCAAACAGCGUUCCUUUCCAGUGUCGACCUACAUACACACUGCUCCUAUCAGAUGAUGUUGCCAGAGUCGAUAGCAAUUGUUUGUUCUCCAAAAUACCAAGAGACUGGAUUCUUUAAAUUGACAGACCAUGGUAUGGAAGAGAUCUCUUCCUGUAGGCAAAAAGGGUUCCACCCGCAUUCCAAAGAUCCCCCUCUCUUUACAACCUGCAAUCAUGUGACUGUCAUGGAGCGGGAAGUGAUGGUACUGGACCUUCGAUAAAGCAAAUGCCUUCAUGCCUUUGUCAACCAUUAACAGUCCUCUACAUUAAUAUAUGAUGGCUAAUUAUAUCCCCUCUGUGCAGCAAUUCCAAGGUUCUUCCUGUAGCACAGUAAGAGUUGUGCAUUCUUCUUGAUCUCAUGCAGUUGUUAAAUUUGGAGGAAGGAAUAAUUAGGAUUUUUUAAUAUAUAAACUGAAAUUAACGAUUCAGUUAGUAUUUGGUUGCUCACUGAGCCUCUUCAGGCUUCACUCCACUGAACCAUAAUCCAAAGAUCAAGCAAAUUAUAGAUGUUUGCAAGAUGCCGAGCAAAUACAUUCAUCUGUUUUCCUUCCUCUGAAGCUGCAAAUACAGGAUUUCAUCCAAAACUCGUAAAUACUGAUGGAAGUCUUUGGUGGUGGUUUUGGUGGUUUUGGAGGUUUAAUGCUCAGCAGUGCUGUGCUAUUAGCUCAGCUUCUUGUUAGCAGCAGCAACGUUGAUGCUUAUGUUGGAAAGAAAUGAGCAUAAAGUGGAAGACUGUGUUUUUUGGGGGUCAUGAGAAAUUCUAAAAUGCAAAUAAAAUUGCAAGUUCUUUCAGGGAGUUAUAGGGAAAGAGAAUCCAAAGAAGAGGGACUGCUGAAACAGCUCCUUGGUUUCAUUAUUAGUAAAAUCUACUGAAGGAUGAAUCUGCACGUGAUUUGUGCUAUGAACUUUCCAUUCCAGCAAGUGCUGGUAUGCACUGAAUUAUCUAACUCCAUUUGAGAAUCCAAGUUGGACAAGUCCUUAAGGUAGUGCUUUAAAGCCUAGACCAGCAACUUAAAGACCUAGAUUGAGGGUUAGUUGAUAAUCUUAGAGGUUUUUUUAAUAGAUUUACUGUUGUAGAAUUGAUGCCAGUACCCUCUGCGUCUUUUCCCCACCCUGGUGUCACAUUGGAAUGAAGGAUGGAUUAAAAUAUUGUAAAUAAUAAAUGAAUGCACCUAUAAAACAAUAUAA